AUGUGUCGGAAGGAUGGCAUUGACUCUGAAGAAAUCAUGGAGUUUCGCUUGGCUGAGCGAUUCACUUUCCUUGAAUACGUCCCAGUCAAGGGGGUCCCGAAAAAUGCAAGUGCACCUGACCUACUUGCGAAAAUCGAAGUUGCUGGCUCCGGCCAGCAAACAUCUGGUGGAGAUGUCCCUAAAAGAGUCCCACCAGGUCUUGUGCAUGCAUCCUGUAUAGAUGGCACCCCAAACACGAGCAGCAGGUGCGCAGACCAGUUGAGCACUUGCAGCAGCACAGGCAUUUACCAGACUGAUGGUGGUUUGGAAGCAGUCCUGGGAACAGAGGGCAGGUCCAGUCGGCCCAAGAAGAUGAAAAGGGCUGAUACGCCGAGCUGGUCAAUUGGAUCGGCUCUGCAUGAGCAUGGCCUGUGCAAACCUUGCGCCUGGUUUUGGCGUCCCGGCAGCUGUACGAACGGAGCUGAGUGCCAGCAUUGCCAUCUUUGCCCCAAAGGUGCUUUGCAGAAGAGGAAGUUCGAGAAUCGGCAAUUGAGCACCACAAAAAAUGUGGCAGGAAGAUGCAGUAGAGCAUCUACCGCCAAAAACUUCCUUGCUUGGGAUGCGCUGCUUGUGCAUGUGUCUAGCGCGCUUGCUGCUCGGCUCCAAACUCACUAA